GAUCAGACUGCAGCCUCCUCUGCAUUGGGUACCCAGGACAGUGCAACACCAUUGGAUGUGCAUCCAACCACCCCGCCCCAGCAGCCUCCCCAGGUGGCCACAGUCUCUCUCAGGAUGGGGAUGAUGUGGCACCACCAGCACCAGCACCACCACCACCACCACAGCAAAUCCAUUUCCAGCUCCUUUGGGUGACUCACCCCUCUUCUACAGCCUGCCAUACACAGGGUGCAGCAUUAAAUGUAGGGGUGGAUGCCUUAUUGCUGCCUGGCCAUGGCACUGUCCCAUGGCAGCAGCAGGGACAGUCCUGCAAAUCCCUUCAAAUCCCAGGAGGAAGAUACCACCUCUGCCUGGGCAGACUUUGAUCAGUAGGAAAGGGCAUGAAGGUUCUCUCCCAGGCUAGGAGAAGGAAACUGAAUCACCCCACCAGCCUGGUUCCCCAGUCUCUCUCCCCUGCUCCCCAGGGACAGCACAGCAUCCCUUCCCUUCACUCUUUGUCUUGGUGGACAGCUUAUUCUCACCUUGAGAAGAGUGGAAAUGGCAGCUGGAAUGUGGGCUGGAAAAAAAAAAAAAAGAAGAAAAUCUUGAGGCUUGUCCAAACCUACUCAUGUUUAUAUUGGAGCCUGUGAGUGACAUCAGAGCAGGGAGAGUAUAAACACCAGCAGGACCUACUCUGGGCUUUAAAACCUGCGAACACGCCACUGCCUCCAAACUGCCUGGGGGGUGAUAUGCUGAAGUGGCACAGGGGAGAGCACCAUGAGACUCCAGCUGGAGAAGCAGCUCCUCUUCCUCUCCCUCCUCUGCAUUCUCUCCAAGGUUUGUGCCCAGCUGUGCCGGAGACCAUGCUACUGUCCUUGGGUGCCACCUCGCUGUCCCCGCGGGUCCCCCCUGGUCCUGGAUGGGUGCGGCUGCUGCAAGAUCUGUGCUCGGCGCCUGGGAGAGCCCUGCGACUUCCUGCACGUCUGUGACCAGAGCCAGGGGCUCGUCUGUGACUACAGCUCAGCAUCUGGAGGGACAGGAGGCACCUGCAACUUUGAAGACGAUGAGGAGGGCUGCGAGGUGAACGGCCGGGUCUAUCGAGAGGGGGAGGUUUUCCAGCCCAGCUGCAAAAUCCAGUGCCACUGCUUGGACGGGGGCUUCAACUGCAUCCCGCUCUGCCAGGAGGAUGUCCGGCUGCCCACCCCGGACUGCCCCUACCCCCGGCGCGUGGAGAUCCCAGGGAAGUGCUGCCCGGAGUGGAUCUGUGAAGCCCAGGACCAGCACCUCCUCCGGGAUGCCAGGGCAGCCCCCGGGGCAGUGUCCCCACUGCUGCGACACCCCUGCCAGGAGUGGGGCACGGAGUGGAGCGCCUGCUCGGCCACCUGCGGGCUGGGCUUUGCCACCCGCGUGUCCAACCAGAACCGCUACUGCCGGCUGGAGACCCAGAGGCGGCUCUGCACGGCCCGGCCCUGCCCGGCCCUGCCGGCAGCGCUCCCAGCGAGGGGAAGAGGAGGUCGUCUGUAG